CGGGCCGGCCAACGACCUUUGCUUCCUCUUCCCGCAUGUUCCUCUCCUCACCCUCUUGGCCUCUUCCUGCCCGCUCGACGCUCGUCAUCGAGCUCUCUGCGGAUCCGGACCUGAGCGAUUCGGUCGGUCGCGCGCAAGCUCAAGAAAAAGCAGCUGGUUCUCGGUGGUCUGUGAGAAUUCGGUGCAGAAAGACCUGAAGAAUUCGAAGAAACAGACAGGGCGUGGAGAAUUCCAGACUUGCAGGGUUGUAUCGUAUCGUAUGGAUGGGUUGCCUGAGGAGCUGUGCAUCAAGAUCUUCCGCCUGCUGGAUCACCCGUCCCUCGCCGCUGCUCCACAAGUUUGCAGGAAAUGGAACGCGUUGACCUGCGACAACGAGCUCUGGCGGAAGCUGUUUGAGGAUAGAUGGGGAGCGGAUGCUACGGCAUUCUACGCGCCAGAGCCAGAGGCUUCCAAGCCAUGGAAGGAUGUCUUUGUUGUGCAGGACAGAUGCGACCGAUACGGGCUGGGUGUCAGGAUUAUCAGAGAAGGAAAUGACUACUACCUGAUUCACCAAGGUGAGAUCCAGAGCUACCUGGGUACGAGCUGCGGUGCCAAAGAUGCACAGCUGCAGAGUGCUGAUGCCGAGAAGAGGCAGAUAUCUGAUCGAAUCCUCUUCUUCCUGGGGGACCUGGAGGCUGCUUGUGCAAAUGCCAAACGUGUCAAGGCAUGACGGUUUCGUUUAGGAAGAAACUAACUGUCGAAUGUCCGUGUAUCAUUCCUCUUCUUGUUUUGCAUACCUCGUGCAUAGGUCUGUAUUGAGUAUGUAUCUUACGCUCCUGCUCCAUUGUGUUUCGCCUUCGACUCGCAUAUUCUUACUGUGUAAGGCAUGACGGUGUGGUUCAGAAAGAAACUAACCCUCGAAUGUCCACAUAAUUCCUGUUCUUGCUUUGCAUACCCCGUGCAUAGGGCUACAUUGUAUUGUAUCUUAAACUCCUGUUUCCAUUGUGUUUGCCUUUGCCUCGAA